CAAAAACAAAAGAGAAAGAGAGAAAGAAAGCACUUUCUUUUGUGUAUUGUAUUGGAAGGCAGCUUGUUGUGUUAUUGCCCACAAAAAUGGAUCUGUCUUCCCCACCUUCUCUCUCCACUGUCUGAUCCUCAGCUCCUCUUCCUCAUCUCCACCUUCAAAACGGCAUCUUCUUUAAUACCCAGGAUUUUUUCCGGCUUAAUUGGAAUUUCAUUAUAGAGCCUGACUUGAUCUGUUGGUUGUGCUAUGUAUGGUCACCGGUCAUUGAUUUUUAAGCUGUGAAUUGGAUAAACUUUGGAGUCCGAGUUUUUGUUGGAGUACUAGCUUUCCUUUUCAGGUAAUGUGUAAUUGCAUUGAAGUUCAAGAGUAAGACAGAAUAAUUUGUUCUUGUCUAACAAAUGGGUUCUGUGGGCGUGGCACCUUCUUCGGGAUUAAGAGAAGCUAGUGCCCAUAAUGCUGGUGUGGAUAAGUUACCUGAGGAAAUGAAUGACAUGAAAAUUAGAGAUGACAAAGAAAUGGAGGCAACAGUGGUGGAUGGUAAUGGUACAGAGACAGGUCAUAUUAUAGUAACAACAAUUGGUGGUAGAAAUGGCCAGCCAAAGCAGACUAUAAGUUACAUGGCUGAGCGUGUUGUUGGGCAUGGUUCAUUUGGGGUUGUUUUCCAGGCAAAAUGCUUAGAGACUGGUGAAACUGUUGCUAUAAAGAAAGUUCUUCAAGAUAAGAGGUAUAAGAACCGUGAGCUGCAAACCAUGCGUCUUCUUGACCAUCCGAAUGUUGUCUCUUUAAAGCAUUGCUUCUUUUCGACAACUGAGAAGGAUGAGCUUUACCUUAAUCUGGUUCUCGAGUAUGUCCCGGAAACUGUUCAUCGUGUGAUUAAACACUAUAGCAAGUUGAAUCAGAAGAUGCCACUAAUAUAUGUCAAACUUUAUACGUAUCAGAUAUUUAGGGCAUUGUCAUACAUCCACCGUGCAAUUGGAGUUUGUCAUCGUGAUAUUAAACCUCAAAACCUUUUGGUGAAUCCUCAUACGCAUCAGGUUAAAUUGUGUGAUUUUGGAAGUGCAAAAGUCUUGGUAAAAGGGGAGCCAAAUAUAUCUUAUAUCUGCUCUAGGUAUUACAGAGCACCUGAACUUAUAUUUGGAGCAACUGAAUACACGACAGCUAUUGACAUCUGGUCUGUUGGCUGUGUCCUUGCUGAGCUAUUGCUUGGACAGCCUCUUUUUCCUGGUGAGAGUGGAGUCGACCAGCUUGUGGAGAUUAUCAAGGUUUUGGGUACUCCAACAAGGGAGGAAAUUAAAUGCAUGAACCCGAAUUAUACAGAGUACAAAUUCCCCCAGAUUAAAGCUCAUCCUUGGCACAAGAUUUUCCACAAGCGCAUGCCUCCUGAAGCAGUUGAUCUGGUUUCUAGAUUACUGCAAUACUCCCCUAACCUACGGUGCACUGCUCUGGAUGCCUUGACACAUCCCUUUUUUGACGAGCUCCGUGAUCAAAACACCCGCCUGCCAAAUGGGCGUUUCCUCCCACCGUUAUUUAACUUCAAAUCUCAUGAAUUGAAGGGAGUUUCAGUGGAGACACUGGUCAAAUUGAUACCCGAGCAUGCAAGAAAGCAAUGCCCCUUUCUCGGUUUAUGAUUUUAUUGUGUAAGAAACCGAGCUGAGUGAUGUCCCGAACUGGAAGCUAUAAUUGUUCUACCUUAUCUAUGAUGUUUGGUUCUCUAUGUAUCUUUGUUGUAUCCUAUUAUUCUAUUAUGUAAACGCAGAUUUAGAGACAUGCUACUUGAUGUUUGCCCUAGCCUCCAUGGGUGGUCUGAUUUCCCGUGUACCUUGUUCCUGUAUCACAGAAUAUUGUAAUGUUCCUAAACAGCUAAAGAUCAAAUGUGAUUUAGUGUUCCUGAA